UAGAACUUUAUUUCUCUAAAGGUUUUAUCCACAUGGCAAGUUCAAGUGAUGAAAGCGCACACUCUACACAUGUCAUGGAUAAUCCAAGUCCGGAAUUUCCUGACAUAAUUUUAACAGAGCCUGGACCUGUGAGUCCUUCUAUGUCCUUGGGAGAUGAAACCCAAAUACUAUUUUCACAGGACUUGACCCAAACACUGACUAUUGAGCCACCUCCAUCUCAACAGUCUACACAGAGAAAGAGGUCAAACAAAGACCCUAUCCCUGCCAAGGUGGCCAGCAAGAAAAAAACAAAAGAAAGAAAUGACAAUUUUCCUAUUGACCCUACGGACUUUGCCACAGAGGAUGUAAUCCAGUAUGUCCAAGAGAGGCCUUCUCUGUGGGACAAAUCCCACAGGAAACACCAUGACAACACCUGUACAAGGAGAAAGUGGGAGGAAAUUUAUGUAAAAUUAUUUCCAGAUUUUGCUUCCUAUUCAGAAAAAUUGCAGGAUACCAUUGCAGAACUGGUCGAGAAGAGAUGGCGUUCUGUCCGGGACAGCUUCUUUAAAUGGGUCAGAGAAUCAAAUCUACCUAGUGGAUCGGGAGCAAAAAAGACCACCUACAAACAUGCCAAGAGAUUGUCUUUUUUGACAAAGGUCCAGGAAUUGAGGGCAACAUCUACAAAUACGGGUUGCUUGCCUACCCCUGCUGAACCAACAGCUCAACCUGAGGCCAUUCUGGAUGAAGAGAACCCUCAACCUGCGCAGGGUGGAUCUCAACAUCAACCACCUACAGUCACCAGUAGUCUUCGCUCCUCCAUCCGCCAUUCAUCCAAAAAAGGAAGGGACAAUCCAAUGUCCCAAUGCAUGCUGGAUGGCAUUGAUAAAUUGGAGAACAUUUGCACAUCCAAAUUUUUACAUUUGGAUGUGCGUGUUCUUCGAUUAGAAGGCAUGAUUGGAGGCCCCCCCCCCCAAGCCCCUCAAGGGAUUUCUUAAUGACCCUAAUACCCUAUAUGGAGAGGAUGAGUGAGGAGCAGCAGGCUGUUUAUAAACAGCAGCUUAUCAAAUUUACACAUGAAUUCCUUAACCCCCCACCCACCCAAGCACCUAUGUAUCCACCUGCAUCACCCUCCUUUCCACAGCAACCCAGAAGUCGGCCAUAUAGCUCAUAUGUCCGACCUUACAAUGAAACCUUUGAGACAGAGGAAGGGCAAACAUACCGUAGAAUUUAAGGGUUUCACUCCAAAAAGUUUCUUUUGUUUCAUUUUUAUGCCCUAUACUACAUCUUUCAGUCCGCAACUUACUAUCCACCCCUUGAGUGUGCUUGCUGCAGGUUUGUUAUUUGCGAACAUGUAGACAGAACAUAUUAACGUCAUUGUGCUACAUUCAGGUCACAUUACGGUCUGCCACCUCAAUGCAAGAAUUCCUUGAGGGUGUGUGUGAACUUUGACCCUUACAUACCUUUGCCUUGAGGUGGCCGAAUGUAACGUGACGCGAAUGUGGAUCUGUGAUGUCAAUAUGGUCUGUCCCAGGUUCCAAUAAAUUAAACCAGAAGCAACCAUACUCAGGGGGCCGAUUUUAGGAUGGAUCGUGCCGUGCCGACUGAAAGAUCUAGUUGGUUAACAUUAUAGGGACACCCACAUUGGGAUUAGUUCUGAGUCCCAAAUCCUUAAUUUUCAAUUAUUCUUUGGAGAAUAAAUAUUGUUAUUUAAUAUUUUUUUUUUUUUUUAAAUGUUGUAUUUGUUAAUUUAUGAGAAGAGCCGUUUGCUACUUUUAUAACCAAAAAAAUAUUGCAUUCAAAGUUUUACAGUGUGGUGUUUAGUUGCGAACAUGUAGACAGAACAUAUUAACGUCAUUGUGCUACAUUCAGGUCACAUUACGGUCUGCCACCUCAAUGCAAGAAUUCCUUGAGGGUGUGUGUGAACUUUGACCCUUACAUACCUUUGCCUUGAGGUGGCCGAAUGUAACGUGACGCGAAUGUGGAUCUGUGAUGUCAAUAUGGUCUGUCCCAGGUUCCAAUAAAUUAAACCAGAAGCAACCAUACUCAGGGGGCCGAUUUUAGGAUGGAUCGUGCCGUGCCGACUGAAAGAUCUAGUUGGUUAACAUUAUAGGGAGACCCACAUUGGGAUUAGUUCUGAGUCCCAAAUCCUUAAUUUUCAAUUAUUCUUUGGAGAAUAAAUAUUGUUAUUUAACAUUUAUAUAUUUUUGGAAAUGUUGUAUUUGUUAAUUUAUGAAAAGAGCCGUUUGCUACUUUUAUAAAA